GAAUCAAACAGAGCCUCCAUUAAUCAUCACCCCCGACGCAACAUAAAUACAUAGCAUCUUCACACACCAAAACACACACAUACACAAUCUCUCUCGCCCUCUCUCUCUCUGAUCGUCUCUCUUUCAUUUUCUCAAUUCGUUUCAAAUCAACGCGAAGCUUGAUUCGGCGAUGGACGGCGACGGUCGCGACGACGUCGACGCCGUGGCGGCGGCGCAAGACGACGACGAAUCCAACAACGAAGAGGAGGAUUUGCUCUUCAUCAAUUGUCAAACGCUCAUGGAUAAGAUCACCGCUUCGGCGCUUAAUCCUAAUCCUAAUGUUCUCCAUGCCCUAGCUACUAUUCUUGAAACUCACGAAACUAGGUAUAUGGAAAAUACUUUUGAUACCUCUGUGAAUAAUGUCCGUGCUUCACAUACCAUUGGACGGUUGGGAAAUCUUAUUCGGGAAAAUGAUGAUUUUUUUGAAUUAAUAUCUUCAAAGUUUCUGUCAGAAUCUAGAUACUCAAUAUCUGUCCAGGCCGCUGCUGUUAGGGUUCUCUUCAGCUGUUCAUUGACGUGGAUGUAUCCCCAUGUUUUCGAAGAAAACGUGUUGGACAACAUAAAAGGUUGGGUGUUAAAUGACGCUUCUAGGUCUUCCUGCGAGGACUCCAACUUGAAUAAUGAUUGUGGACAGCGAAAAUCCUCGGAUGCUGAAAUGUUGAAAACCUAUUCUACUGGAAUUCUUGCUUUAUGUUUGGCCGGCGGUGGUCAAAUAGUUGAAGAUGUGUUAACAUCAGGAUUGUCAGCGAAGUUGAUGCGGUAUCUUCGCAUCCAGACUUUAGGCGAGACUAGUAAAAAAGAUGCGAACCAUUCGAUGGAUAGCAAACUUGCUUCAGCUAUUUCAGUUAGAGGCAAAGAUGAAAGCAGGAAUAGGAUUCGCCAUGUUACAGAUAAUCCUCAGUUGGAUGCUCCUAGGAUAACAGAAGGAGUGGUAGUUGACCAAGUUGCCGAAAGGGAUAGUGAUAAGAGUUUCAUUAGGCCAGCAUAUCAGCCUUGGAUGGAUGGUGGAGAAUCCCCUGAUAGUUUAGCUGAUGGUGAUGAUGAUUAUGGGGCAGAUGUAGAAGGCCGUGAUGGAUGGCAUGGUCAAGAUUUACGUGAUAGAAAGACAAAAUGUGGUGAUAGAAAUGUUCAGGGAAGAUCUAUGAGAGAAGAAGAUUUUGAUGAUGGUGGAGGAGAGGAUUCUUUAAGGCGGAGGGUAAAUCGUGGAGGUGUAAGAUCCAGAGGUAGGGGAAAGAUAAAUGAAGGGGUUACGGAGGCUAAAUAUGGGUUAACAUCUCCGGGGACAGGGAGAGGACAAGAGCGUAGAAUGAAGGACAGGACGCUGACAUGUAAUAUGAAUUCAAGAAGCACAACAGAUGUUGAGAGGUGUUUCCCGACGGUUGGUGGAGAAGGUUUUUCCGCUGAUAGGGAAGAUACUGAUGAUUGCUUUGAGGAAUGCAAAAUUGGGUCCAAGGAUAUAUCUGAUCUGGUAAAGAAAGCAGUUCGAGCUGCUGAAGCUGAAGCUAGAGCAGCCGCUGCUCCUGCAGAGGCCAUCAAGGCAGCUGGUGAAUCUGCAGCUGAAGUCGUCAAGACUGCCGCAUUGGAGGUAUAUAACGAGACUAAUGAUGAAGAAGCUGCUGUUUUGGCUGCAUCUAAAGCUGCAUCUACUGUCAUCGAUGCUGGUUAUGCAGUUGAAAUCUCAAGGAGAUUACGCAGUGUUGAGACGAAUUUAACAAACUCCCAAGUGGCUGAACCAGAAAGAAAUGAUGAAACUGAGGAGUUCUCUAUUCCAGACAGCGGUGCCUUGGCAAAUCUAAGAGAAAGGUUUUGCAUCCAGUGCCUUGAAGUACUUGGAGAAUAUGUUGAGGUUCUUGGUCCUGUUCUGCAUGAAAAAGGAGUCGAUGUCUGUAUUGCACUAUUGCAAAGAAGUUCUAGGUUCCCUGAUGAACCAGAUAUUGUGCUGCUCCUGUCUGAUGUCCUUAAAUUAAUUUCUGCUUUAGCGGCUCAUAGAAAAUUUGCUGCCGUGUUUGUGGAUCGCGGAGGCAUGCAGAAGCUUCUUACUGUUCCAAGAGUUACUCAAACAUUUUUGGGUUUGUCAUCAUGCUUGUUCACGAUUGGUUCGCUUCAGGUGAUAAUGGAACGUGUAUGUGCCCUCCCCUCAGAUGUUGUCUAUCAGUUGAUUGAGUUGGCCCUUCAACUUCUUGAAUGCCCACAGGAUCUAGCGAGAAAGGAUGCAGCUGUAUUCUUUGCUGCUGCUUUUGUUUUCAGAGCAGUUCUGGACUGUUUUGAUGCCCAGGAUGGUUUGCAGAAACUAUUAAAUCUCUUACAAACUGCAACAUCAGUAAGGUCUGGGGUUAAUUCUGGGGUAAGAGGGACUUCUCCUACAGGAUCACUCCGAAAUGAUCAGUCUCCUUCUGAAGUGUUGACAUCAUCUGAGAAACAGGUAGCGUACCACACCGGUAUCGCUUUAAAACAAUAUUUUAGAGCACACCUUGUGUUGCUUGUGGACUCGAUACGUCCAAAUAAAACUAAUCGAAGUGCGGCACGGAACAUACCAAGUGUCAGGGCAGCCUACAAACCACUUGAUAUUAGUAAUGAGGCUAUGGACGCAACAUUUCGCCAGAUACAGAAGGACCGGAAGCUUGGUCCUGCAUUUGUCAGAGCCCGUUGGCCUGCUGUAGACAAGUUUUUGGCCUUGAAUGGGCAUAUCACCAUGUUGGAGUUGUGUCAGGCCCCACCUGUAGAGCGGUACUUGCAUGACUUGAUUCAAUAUGCAUUGAGUGUUCUGCACAUUGUUACAUUAGUACCAUACGGCCGCAAACUGUUAGUCAAUGCCACUCUGAGCAAUGAUCGUGUAGGGAUAGCAGUCAUUUUGGAUGCAACAAAUGGUGCUGGCUAUGUUGAACCACAAAUUAUUCAACCAGCGCUAAAUGUGCUCGUCAAUCUUGUAUGUCCUCCACCUUCAAUUAGUAAUAAGCCACCUCUUCUUAGUCACGGGCAGCAAUCAUUGGUUCAGUCUUCAAAUGGUCCUACUGUGGAAGGCAGAGAUCGAAAUGCAGAGCGAAAUAUGCCAGAGCGAAGUGUUCCCAUAACCAGCCAGAUUGAAACAAAGGAGCGAACCAGUGACUCGACUGUUGUAGAUCGAGUCAGCACAGCAGCUCUUGGUACAGCAUCGGCGAAUAAUUCAUCACUGACCCCUGUGUCAGCAGUCCCUUCGGGAUUAGUUGGCGAUCGUAGAAUUUCAUUAGGUGUUGGGGCAGGUUGUGCUGGUCUAGCUGCGCAACUAGAACAAGUAUUUCAUCAAGCUAGAGAGGCUGUACGUGCCAACAACGGAAUUAAGGUCCUUCUUCAGCUCCUCCAACCUCGUGUACUUACUCCACCUGGUGCUCUUGAUUGUCUUCGUGCUCUAGCAUGCAGGGUGCUGCUUGGUUUAGCCAGGGAUGAUACAAUUGCUCACAUUCUCACAAAGCUACAGGUUGGGAAAAAACUGUCGGAACUUAUUCGAGAUCCAGGUGGUCAGUCCUCGGCAAGUGAGCAGGGAAGGUGGCAAGCUGAACUAGCCCAGGUUGCGAUUGAGCUUAUUGCGGUUGUUACUAAUUCUGGCCGGGCAAGUACAUUAGCCGCAACUGAUGCUGCUACUCCCACAUUGAGGCGCAUAGAGAGAGCUGCAAUAGCUGCUGCUACUCCAAUUACUUAUCAUUCCAAGGAACUUCUAUUACUCAUUCACGAACACCUACAAGCAUCUGGAUUGGGAACAACUGCUGCAGCACUUCUGAAAGAGGCUCAGUUGACCCCUCUGCCAUCACUAGCAGCUCCAUCAUCUUUAUCACAUCAAGCCUCUGUGCAGGAAACUCCAUCAAUACAAGUUCAUUGGCCUUCUCGAAACACUUCUGGUGGAUUUUAUUGUGAUAAAAAUAAAUCAGUCUUGUUGGAUGAAGAUUCUAGCAUGAAGUCUGAUAUGGCUGUAUCAUCAUCAAAGAAGAGAUCCCUAGUUUUCUCAUCUACACUUGGUUUGCAGCCGAAACCAAAAUCUCAAGAUUCCUACCCAGCAUAUACCAGUAAAAUCAGCAAUACUACAAAGAGAUCAGGUAUCCCAGCAGGCACUCCAGAAACUCCAUCAGCAUCUGGGGUAAGACCUGGGGGAGAUCAGGAUAUCAACUUAAGAACACCAAUUACAUUGCCGAUGAAGCGCAAGCUAUCUGAGACAACUGAUGCUGGGAGGUUUACAUCAAAUAAACGUCUCAUCACAAAUGAUAAUGGACUUCGGAAUGCAGUUUGUACUACUCCUAGCAGCGUCCGUAAACUAACCGAAUCAAGUUCUUUCUCAACACCAUGUUUGUCAAAAGAUUCUCAUGGACGAUUGAUAUCAGGGGGUUUAGUCCCUGAUAAUCUGGAAGAUAGCCAAUACAACAGCAAUUUACCUCAAGCAACACCUUCUGUACAUCAUGGUUUGUUGAAUGACCCGCAGCAUGUCAACACAGAACGAUUGACUUUGAAUUCUAUUGUUACUCAGUAUCUGAAGAACCAGCACCGACAGUGCCCAGCUCCCAUCACUACAUUACCGCCACUCUCUCUUUUGCACCCACACGUUUGUCCUGAAUCAAGGCGAAGCAUUGAUGUACCAUCUAAUGUGACUGCUCGACUUACUACACGUGAAUACAGAAGUAAGUAUGGUGGAAUCCAGGGAAGUCGUCGGGACCAUCAAUUUGUUUAUAGUAGAUUUAGACCCUGGAGAACCUGCCGGGAUGAUAGUGGCGCUUUGAUGACCUGCAUGACUUUCCUAGGAGAUUCCUCUCGCAUUGCUGCAGGUUGCGAUUCUGGGGAGCUUAAAAUUUUUGAUUCUGACAACGGGAAUAUGCUGGAGAGCUGUACUAGCCACCAAUUUGCUUUGACGGUUCUUCAGUCGCAUCGUUUUGAGGAAACCCAGUUGAUUCUCUCUUCAAGCUCCCAUGACGUGCGACUGUGGGAUGCAUCUUCUGUUUCAGCUGGACCUAGGCAUUCAUUUGAAGGGUGUAAAAGUGGAAAGCUGAGCAAUUCAGGUAGGAAUUUUGGAGCAUUAUCAUUGGAGUCAACUCAUCGAGAAAUUCUCCUGUAUGAUGUCGAGACUUGCAAUUUGGAUUUAAAGCUUACAGACACAAACUUAAGUAUAUCGGGCCGUUCACAUGUAUAUUCUCCAGUUCACUUUAGUCCUUCAGACACAAUGUUGCUCUGGAAUGGUGUCUUGUGGGACCGUAGGGAGCCUGAACCUGUCUAUCACUUUGACCAGUUUACUGAUUACGGUGGUGGUGGGUUCCAUCCAGCUGGUAAUGAGGUUAUCAUAAAUUCUGAAGUUUGGGAUCUCCGAAAAUUUAGGCUUCUUCGUAGUGUGCCUUCCCUAGACCAAACAGUUGUUACAUUCAAUGGCAGUGGAGAUGUGAUUUAUGCAACCUUGAGGAGAAAUCUUGAUGAUGUUACUUCUGCUAUACACACUCGACGUGUCAAGCACCCACUGUAUUCAGCCUUCCGCACUGUGGACGCUGUCAACUACUCUGACAUUGCUACUGUACCUGUUGAUCGAUGUGUCCUAGACUUUGCAACUGAGCCGACUGAUUCUGUUGUUGGGUUGGUUACGAUGGAUGACCCGGAUGAAAUGUAUUCUUCGGCCAGGAUUUUUGAGAUAGGUAGGCGGAGGCCAACUGAUGAUGACUCGGAUCCCGAUGAUGCCGAGACUGAGGAUGAAGAUGAAGAUGACGAUGAAGACAUAGAUGAGGAUCCAUUGUUGGGAAUUGUGGGAGAUGGUGGAAGUGAUAUGGACGAUAUGAGUAAUGAUGAUAGUGCAAGCGAGUUGGAGGACGAGGAAGAUGAUGAUGGUGAAUUCAUGAUGGAUGACCAAGAUGAUGAUGGUGAAAUGCUAGAGUUUGUGACAGGGGGUGAGGAUGGGGAUGAAGAUAGUCAGGUGGAUGAAACAUAUAGCAGCGAUGAAGAUGAUGAUGAUUUUGUAGGCGUUUUUUAAAUUUAAUCAAAUAUAUUAUCUGAAUAAUUGAGACUGUGUCGAUGAUAGGUUCUCAGUUGAUGUAUUUAUUAGUUUGAGGCUCUUAGGUGAAAUGUCAUACUGUUGAAUAUAAUCUUGUGUAAGCUGUAAGUUUGUUCCCGAGGCAAUGCGCUUCUUCUUA